AUGCUGCUAGACUAUGCAGCAGGACUUAUGUACCAAUCUUCUACAGCAGUUUCUGAUAUGAGAGUGAAUUCUGUGCCUAUCCAUGGAUUCUUAGAAGACUAUGUCUUUGUAAUCCAAGCACUGUUUGAUCUAUACGAAGCCACACUGAACCCUAGCUGGUUGGAAUGGGCUGUGCAGCUACAGCAUAAACAAGAUGAACUCUUCUGGGAUCCAAAAGGUUUUGCCUAUUUCUCUACAGAAGCUGCUGAUCCUUCCUUGCUCUUUCGUAUGAAGGAUGAUCAAGAUGGUGCAGAACCCAGCCCCAACUCUGUUGCAGUUUCUAAUCUUCUCCGGGCAGCGAGCUAUACUGACCAUGAAGAAUUUGUGAAGAAAGCUGGGCAGAUCCUAACUGUCUUCUCAGAGAGACUUGUGAAGAUUCCUGUUGUCCUCCCUGAGAUGGCCCGAGCCACUGCUGCAUUCUAUCUGACACUCAAACAGGUACUGUGUUGGGCAGGGUAAGAUUUAAUACGCAGC